GACCCCGCGCCGGGCGCCGCUCGGGCCUCACACGGUGAUUGUCAUGGAUGAUGAAGACGGGCGGUGCCUCCUCGAUGUCAUCUGCGAUCCUCAGGCCCUGAACGAUUUUUUACAUGGAUCCGAGAAGAUUGACAGUGAUGAUCUCCUGGACAACUCAGGAGAUGCUGCCAGUGCCUUUUUUGAAGGUGCUGGGCUCCACGGGCAGGAGCCCGCCGGGAACCCGCUGAGCGCGGAGCCGAGCCAACCGCCGGCCAGCGUGGACCUGGACUUCCUGGAGGAUGACAUCCUGGGCUCGCCCUCGGGCGCCGGCGCCGGCGCCGAGCAGCCGUGCGACAUCCUCCAGCAGAGCCUGCAGGAGGCCAACAUCACCGAGCAGACCCUGGAGGCCGAGGCCGAGCUGGACCUGGGCUCCUUCCAGCUGCCGGCGCUGCAGCCCGUGGUGCAGGCGGCCGACGGCACCCCCCAGAUCUUCUCCGGCGGCGCCGACCUGCUGGGCAUCCAGCCGCCCGCCGUGCUGGCCCACCAGGCCCUGGUGCAGCAGCCGGUGGGCGCCGACGUGGUCAACAAGGCCAUCAGCGUCCAGCCCUUCCUGCAGCAGGUGGGGCUGGGCAACGUCACCAUCCAGCCCCUGCCCAACCUGCCCGGGCUGCCCAACGGCAGCCCCGGCGGCGCGCUGGGCAUCGGGCCCAUCCAGGUGGUGGGCCAGCAGGUGAUGGCCAUCAACCAGCCCGCGGCGCAGCAGCUGCUGGCCAAGCCGGCGCCGGUGGCGGCCGUGGGCGGUUACAUCGCGCAGCCCGAGGCGGCGGCGCUGGCGGCGGCGGCUCCGUCCUCGCAGGGCGGGGCGGGGCUGGUCAUCCAGAAGAGCCUCCCGGCCGUGGCCACCACCACGCUCAACGGCAACUCGGUGUUCGGCGGCGUGGCGUCGCCGGCGUCGCAGCCGCUCACCGUCACCUCGGGCCUGGGCGGCUCCCUGGUGCCGGCGCCCAACGUCAUCAUCCACCGCACGCCCACGCCCAUCCAGCCCAAGCCCGCCGGCGUCCUCCAGCAGAAGCUCUACCAGAUCACGCCCAAGCCCUUCGCGCCCAACAACGCGCUGGCGCUGCCCGGCGAGGCCCAGGCCAAGCCCCAGCAGAACCUGACCUUCAUGGCCGGCAAGGCCGCGCCCAACGUGGUGCUCUCGGGCUUCCCCCCCAACGUCUUCAAGCCGCCGCCGCCCCAACCGCCGGCGGCGCUGGGCAAGUCCAUGAGCGUGCACGUGCUCAACCAGGGCGGCAGCAUCGUCAUCCCGGCGCAGCACUUCCAGGGGCAGAACCAGUUCCUGCUGCCGGGCCAGCUGGCCGGCGCCUCGGCCGUGCAGCUGCCGCAGCCGCUCUCGGCGCUGCCGGCCAACGUGGGCGGCCAGAUCCUGGCGGCCUCGCACGGCGCCGGCAUCAUCGCCGGCCAGGGCGCCGGCGCCCAGCUCAUCGCCAACCAGGCGCUGCCGGCGCAGAUCUUGACCAACCAGAACUUGGCCGGGCAGCUCAACCUGGGCCAGGUGCUGACGUCGCCCAACGCCCACGGCACCGCCCACAUCCUGUCGGCGCCCAUCCAGCUCCAGCCGGGCCAGGUCGGCCAACCGGCGCUCUUCCAGAUGCCAGUGUCGCUGGCGGGGACGCUGCCCAGCCAGAGCCAGGCGGCGGCGGCGGCGGCGCCCACGGUGAUCCAAGGGGUGACGUUGGCCAACCAGGUCAUGCUCAACGCCGGCGACGGUUUGGGAGCCGCCGUCAGCAUCCAGGCCGCCCCCGGCGCCGCCCCCGGCGCCAGCCCCAGCCCCGGCGCCGACCCGGGCUCCGUCCUCACCGUCCAGCCCGCCGCGCCCGCCGCGGCGCCGCUGCAGCUCAACGUGCCGGCGGCGGCGAGCGGGACGUCCCAGCCCAGCCCGGGGCUCGCCGGCAGCCCCGAGAAGAUCCUGUUGGGCCCCGCGGCCGCGCCCGGCACCGUCCUGGGCCAGGAGUCCAUGCAGAUGUUCCUGCAGCAGCUCCAGCCGCAUUCCCAGCCCCCCCAUUUCCCGGGAAUCCCGCUGGGAUCGGGGCCGGGAAAACCCCCCCCCCUGCACCUCCUGCCGGGGGCUUUCCAGCCCCUUCCCAAUCCCAUUCCCAAUCCCAAUCCCAAUCCCGGCCCUCCUCCUCCUCCUCCUCCUCCUCCUCCUCCUCCUCCUGCUCCGCCGAAGCCCGUCCUGGAAAGGUUCCAGCAGGUCCCUCCGGGGUUGAUCCUGCAGCCGAAGCCGCCCCCGUCCAGCCCCGGAACCUUCCCGGCUCCGGGCGGAGCCUCCGUCCUGGUCACGGCCACGCCCACCACGCCCGGCCCCGCCCACGGCCCCGCCCCCGCCACGCCCGCUAACGCAGGUGCCCCCUCGGAGAGCAAACCCUUCUCCAGCAUUCCCGGCAUUUCCAGCAUUCCCAGCGCCAUUCCCGCCGGGAAAGGGGCCCCAGCUCCGGGCAAGGCCCCGGCUCCGCAGCCCGGACAGGCAAAGCCGGGUGGGAUCAAAGGCCCCCCCCAGGCCCCGGGGGGGGGGAAGGGCCCCCAGCCGAUGUUGGAGUCUCUGAAGAAGCCGCCGGCGCUGCAGCCCAGCAAAGAGGCCUGCCUCCUGGAGCAGCUGCACAAGCACCAGGGCUCGGUGCUGCACCCGGAAUUCCGGACCCGCUUCCGCUCCGUGGGCGACGCCCUGAGGAGGCUCCUCCCCUACCACGUCUACCAGGGAAUGCUCCCGGCGGAGGCCGAGUGCCACAGGGUGGACGAGGAGUUCGCUCUGGUGUCGGAGCAGCUGCUGCGCCGGACGCGGGCGAUGCUCAACAAGUACCGGCUGCUGCUGCUCGAGGAGUCCCGGCGCGUGAGCCCCUCGGCGGAGAUGGUGAUGAUCGACAGGAUGUUCAUCCAGGAGGAGAAGACGGCGCUGGCCCUGGACCGGCAGCUGGCCCGGGACAAGCCAGACGAGUACGUCACCUCCUCCUCCCGCCCCCACUCCCACUCCCACUCCCAUUCCCAUUCCCUGCCCGCUCCUUCCUCCUCCUCCUCCUCCUCCUCAGGCCCCGCCCCCUCCUCCGCCCCUCCCUCCAAAGCCCCUCCCCCUCCGCCCCUCCCCCCUCCACCCCUCCCCCCCCCGCGGCUGCUGAUCAAGCACAGCGCGGGGGGUUCCCCGUCGGUCACCUGGCUGGGGGAGCAUUCCCAAUCCCGCCGGGAAUCCCCCCGGGAAUGCCGCGGGGACGAGGAGGCGCCGCUGCCGUCGCGGAGCCGCCCGCCCAUGAAGACGUACGAGGCGCGGAGCCGCAUCGGCCUCAAGCUCAAGAUCAAGCAGGAGGCCGGGCUGAGCAAGGUGGUCCACAACACCGCCCUCGACCCCGUCCACGGAGGAGCCCACGGAACGACGCCGGGGACGGCGCCGGGGAUUCCGGCGGCGGGAGCGGCGCAGCUCAACGGGACCCUGGAGAAGAGGCCGGCGACGGCGACGCCGACGACGGUUCCCGGCGCCGCCGCCGCUCCCCCCUCGUGCCGGCUGCCCCUGCGGAAAACCUACCGGGAGAACCCCCCGGCGGGAGCGGGAGCGGGAGCCACCACCGGGAUCGGCCCCCGGAGCGACGCCCCGUCAUCACCACCACGGCCCUGA